CCAACCCGGAAGUGAGGAAUCGGCAGCGCCGUUUGUAAACACGGUGCACGGUGGGCGCUCAGCAUGGUUCGCUGUUUCCUGAUCCACACCGUCUGCCCGGUCGCUGCGCUCGGCCCCGGGGAGAGCCGGGUGCUUUACUCCCGGGUCUUCGGUCCCGACGAGGGUCUCGGGUCCGACCGGAACCGGGAGCUGAGCCCCGAGGAGAGGCGAGUCCUGCAGAAGGAGAAGAUCAUGGUGGUGGCGAGGCAGGUCCGCGGCGCCGCCUCUCUGUCUCGGGAGGCUUCGGGUCGCCCGCCGGUGGAGGCGGUGCCCGGCGAGGAGGCGCUCGCCCUGCAGGAGGCCGACGGCGGAGCGGUGCGCCUGAGGGCCGGGGACCCCUUCCCCGAGGAGACGAGCGCCCUGUGGCUGGCCGUGCAGAGCCUGGGCUUCACGCUGGUCUGCGAGCCCCACGAGAACCUCCUGCUGGCCGAGGGGACCCUGCGGAACCUGACCCGGCACUGCCUGGAGACUCUGCACAUGCUGGGGCCGGGCAGCGAGGUCCUGCUGAGGAGCCACCGCGUGGACGCUCUGCUCAGCCGCCUGCUUCCUCACGAGCAGCUCCUCUUCCUCAACCACCGCUUCGCCCACAGCCUGGAGAAGAAAGCGGCGGCCUACGCGGCCAAGUGAGGCCGCGCGGUUUCGAGCCCGAGGGGGCCGCCGUUUUUUCCCCCGGUCGAGGUGGUCGGACACACCGAGGGCCGUCCGGUGUGUCCGAGGCCUCCGGUCAAUCCCGUUUGUCAAAUCGGAGAGAUGUGUGCAGCUGAAGAACCUCGUUGAACCUGCCCGUCGACAUCAGAGACUUGACAAUGUCGCAGUGUGACCUUGAGGAACCAGCCUGCAGCCCUUUGUCGGUAUUUCUGUGACCAAAAAGGGGCUUCGUCGCUUCACUGCGACGUCAAAACAACUUUUAUUCCUGAGAAAUGAGAGGAAACAUCCGCUUGUUUUCGUUGGGUGCAAAGUUAGUAAAGAAAAGGCGAAGCUCUUAAUGUCACCGUCGUUUAGACGCAGACUCCGCUGCUCCUCCUUCAGCCGCCGUGGAAACUUACCUCCGUGUUCUUCAGCUUGAAGCUAAAAUCACGAAAAAAAAAAUCUGUCUGCAAUCCAACAUCAACUCCUUUGAUCUUCUACUUUUUUUUGUGUUAAAAGAUAAAUAAAAAAAAAAUAGUUUUAAGCACCA